GUCGUCAUCGCCAUGAUCCUCAACUCAUCGAUGCAUCGCCGUCUCAUCGCCUCACCACGCCGCUCACCGUCCUCGACAUCGCAGCCGCCGCAUCUCACCGCCGCGACGCGCACCAUUUGCCAUUGACACGCACAGUGCCGAGGCACGUUCGCUGCGACGCAGCACAGCGCGUCCCGCCUUUGCAUGCAGUGAUCCAACCCCCCUCGUCGAGGCAGUGACGCUGCCGUCAAUCAAGCGUCUGCGUCGCCAUGCUCUUACCGAAGCGCUGGAUGCGCAUCAUCCUGCUGUCGGCCUGUGUCUUUGCCGUCACGGUAUGGUCGCUCUGGCUCGGCGGGAGCGCUCCGGCGGCAUCGGCGCCCGUGCUGGAUGCUGCCGCGGUUGAGCGCGCGUAUCCCCUGGCCUGGAAGCACAUCAACGACUUCAACGGCACGGGGGGCGCUUGGUUCAUCCCGCCUGAGUGGAUCGCCGGCAAGCCCCAGCCGCAGACCAUCGUAGAGGCCGCCCGCCUCGCCUCCCAGGUCGCCUCGUCGCAGCCCGACCGCGAGGCCGACUACUCGCGGAUUCCCCUCAUUGUGCACCAGACGUCCAAGUCGGCGCGCGUCAUGACCUGGAAGCUAGAAGUCCUGCCGUGGGUCGAGCAAUGGCUCCGCCUCUCCGUGCCCUCGACGCACAACAGGCGGCCCAUGGCCUACUUCUUCUGGGACGACGACGGCAUCCUCGACUUUAUGCGCGAGUUUGAGAGUGGCAUGCUGGCCGACUUUAACGCCAUGUUUACCCCCGUCGAGCGAGCCGACAUCUUUCGCGUCCUCGCCUGUAAAUACUUUGGCGGCGUGUAUGCCGACGUUGAUACUGAGCCUCUUCGCCAUCCCGCAACCUGGAUUACCGCCCCCGAUGUCGCUCGCUGGACAGACGACGUCACUGGCAUGAGCUAUGGCAUCGACGUGCCCCCUAGCGACGGCGCACCGUCGGCCGACACGCGCCCCGUCAAGCUCGUAUGGGGACUCGAGGCCGACACCGACCCCAACUCCGACGCAUACUGGCGCAUGGGAUACACGUACCCCGUUCAAGUAACCCAAUGGGCGCUCGCGUCCGCGCCCAAGCACCCCGUCCUCUCGCAGUUCGUCGACAACCUCAAGGAUCAGAUCCGCAAGGAAAGGGAGUCGCCCAACGCGCCCGUCGCCGACCCGCUCACGCGCACCGGUCCGGCUGCCGUCACUCUCGCCACGAGCAUGUGGCUGGAGAAGGAAAUCACCUUCAGAUGGAAUGCCGUGACAGGGCUCAAGGACGGCGGCAAGGCGAAGCUCGCCUCCGACGUCCUGGUGCUGCCCAUCACGGGGUUCAGUCCGGGCCGCGGAAAAUACGGAAACAUGGGGUCCAAGCCUGUCAGCCACCCCGACGCCCGCCUGGUUCAUCACGCCCUCGGCUCGUGGCGCCACUUUGACCUCUGGGUCGAGUAUGGCAAGUUUUGCCGGACGGUGUUCGGUCUGUGCAGAGACUGGUCCAAGGUCCCGUCCUCAUGACGCAGCGUUGCAUUCAUAUUAUACCAUAGACGGCGUUGGGGCGUGCAAUUGAUCAUCAGAUGGAUGGCAAGAGACAGUUUGAUUGUGAACUCGGCGAUGCAUCCCCGGCCUG